ACCGCCAAUGGCCUGCUCGCCCCAACCGGCUGCUCUGGGACUGCCUGUCAAGCCAAGCUCCUCGCGUCUACCGGUUCCCUUAUCACUAUAUCUUCUCUACUCUACCUUUCUGAAGAAACAGCCUGGCGUUACGUCAGACCCGGGCAAAAACCGCAGGGCAAGCAAGUCGGAGUCUAAGGAGCUAGGCAUUGCUGCCAAACCCGAGUUAAUGCUGCUCACUCACAGCACAGCGUUCAAUGUCAUUAAAAAGGAACACUUUUAAACCGCGGCAGCAUGUGGUAAGUCAAUUUUUCUCUGAUUCGUUUUUCCAGCCUUCGGGAUUUUUUUUUUACCGUUUUCACUCACAUGACACUUUGACCAGUUGUCUCUAGCUGGCAUAAUUGCGCAAAAACUGCGGUAACACCGCGUGUUGGAGAUUGUUCAAAAGUAGACUAACAAACGUUCAGCCACUUUGAAACCUACAUGACAUGAUGAUGAGGCACCCAAGCUUUUCAACAACCACUUGCAGAGAUUUUUUCUUCAUUUUUUAAAUUUGAUUCUUGAUCAUUUCAAAAACAAACAUGCCUCAUGCUCGAAAUAGGAACCCUAGCCCCAUCCCUGAGGUAACAUGGGAUACGGGAUUGAAGGAGAUGAACGAAACUUGGAAGGGAGCUAUUGCCUGUCUCGGGGUGGCAGUCUUUUUCGUCAUGACCAUUGGGAUCAUAUACUGGCAAGUGGUGGAUCAGCCUAACAAGAACUGGAUCCUAAAGGGGAGUUAUAGCGGGCUUAUCUGGGAGAGACGGACUCACUCUCUGGUCAUACAGACACUGACAGAAGACAAGACCUACGUGGAGAUUGACGUGGGCAACGUGGGGAACCCCGAUAUUGAAGUGCCGUUUGUCAGGAACCUGUGCUGGCUCAAUAAGACGGAGUUCUGCUACACAUGGGAUUCGGUGGCGGACGUUAAAAUCUCUUUGGAGGUGAAUGAGGCGACGGAGACGGAGUGUUAUAGCAUGACAUGGUCGCCGGUGCACUGUCAUGUGGAGCUGAAGGACUGCUUCUCCAUGGCUAACAUGUCGUGGUACGGUGGCGCCAGCGUCCAGAACCAGAGCUGGCCAAUCAACGAGCAGAAUGUCACCAUGCAGCCGUUCACUGUUAGCAACCUCAGGGACAACCCGUCUGGCUUUGGCUCAGUCCUCGAACGCUACUUCCUGGGCUCGUCAGGUGUAGCAGUGCUGGUGUCCCCAGAUGUUCCUCUUCAGGUGGGAAUGGAGAGCCAACAGCAUUUUUGCCUGCAGACUCCCUCCAGCCUGGAGCGCACCCCGCUUCAGUACACUGUGUGUGUGGGCCACAACAUCAGGGCUGUACACCAGGAGGCGCUGCAGCAGCUCUCAUCGCCCAGCAGGGAGCUGCCCAACAUGGACGUCUUAUGGUUGCCUUUCUGGAAGCUUCUGGCCAGUGUGGACUCAGGGCCAAAGGUAGAGAGGGAGUUGAGGACCUUCUCCAACCGUCUGAGGAGACACCAGCUGGGAGAGGGGGCCAUCAGCCUCAACGAACAUUCCACCGCCCUCCUCGCCGACAUGGACCAAGACUACCUCACCAGCAGGAAAAGGGGGACAUCCAAGAGACAGACCAGGGACUUCAGGGACCUCUCACUGAUCAAGCUUCUAAACAUUUCCAUCACCCUGUCCCCGUUCCUGAGCGUGGACACCACCCAGUUCCACAAGUCCCUGCUGGACGGCACUGAGGCCUAUUGGCUCAGCCUCCCCGUAGCCCCACAGGGGCGACUGGUGCCUGUGCUGACCCAGUGGCGAGGGCAGUUCUGCGUGAAACUGAACAUCAGCAACCCAGAGGCGGUCAGCUGGUUCCUGGACCGGGUGGGCUUGCUGCAGGCCCGCCUGGGCAUGGAGUCCAUCCAUCUGGAGGGGGCAGAGGGGAACCCGCUGGACCUAGGCGGGGGAGACCAGUAUAUUGGCCAACUGGCAGAUGUGGCAGCCAGGAUAGAAGAGUCGGCUAUCAUGAAUGCAGGGACAAGGUCGAGCCACAAGCCUGUGUUUGUGCGGAUGCCUCCUUUGCAGUCUGACUGGAGCUCCUCUGGACUGAAGGGCCUCAUUCCCUCCUUGCUGCACCACACUCUGCUGGGGUACAACUUACUCAUUCCCGACGCAGUAGGUGGUUCUCUAUCUGGGGACCUGGUGACUGACGAGGAACUGUUCAUCAGGUGGCUGCAGAUUGUGGCCUUCCUCCCCGUCAUCAGCUUUGAGACACCUCCCUGGGUCUGUGGAGAAGACCGGGUGCUGAACUUGACGCGGGCUCUCAUCGCGUGGCACCAGGACUUUGUGGUUCCACUGGUGACGAGGUAUGCAGAGGACUGGAUGACCUCGGGGAGCCCAAUUUACCGGCCCCUGUGGUGGCUCAGCCCUGAUGACCCCGCGACCUUCACCAUUGAUGACCAGUUCCUCAUCGGAGACGAGGUCCUUGUUGCCCCGGUAAUAGAGAGGGGGACAGUACGGAGAAAUAUUUACCUGCCCGACGGGGGCUUUCAGUGGCAGGACAGCCGCAACGCCCAGGUGUUCGACGGGGGAACUCUCUUGGAGGACUACCCUGUCGCCCUCGAGGAGGUUGCCAUUUUCUUACGGAGGAGAUCUUGAGGCUCAAGUCACGUGAUUUAUACGUGACCUAUCCGGAUACUAGUUUCGAAUCUUUUAUUUUAUGUUUUACUCGUGCUGUUCUCAAGUUGCACUUUUCCACAAAGACAAUUGACAGAGGCUCAAGACUUCUUCUUGAGAUUAGAUGUGAAUAUUUUUAUACUUGCACUUUACAAUUCAGAACGAUUUGUAUUUUAUUGACGUCGUUUUCUUCUCUCUUCUUCCUUUUUUAAACUUUAAUCUGCUGUACCUCUCGGCUGAUUGUUUCAGGACUUCUUUUUUGUUUCUUCUAAUCAUUGCUGUUCUUGCUUUUUUGUAUCUAAGAAAGAAACCUAUGUGUUUACAUAUGAUUCAUUUUUGACGUUUAACUGCUGCCGGUUCUCAUGGAGACAUGGAGUACCAACGCAUGCCCCUCGUUCGCUUAAAAAGAAAAGAUAUGAAUUUCUAAAGAAGACCAAACGAAGGAAAAGAAACAGAAGAAUAUGGUUUCUGCUAACGGAGAGCCUGGAAGGAAUGAAUGAGAUGUUUGCUUAAUAUGAAAGAGGCUGAAGCAGCUUGGUAUGUCUCUUUCAUUCUUUGGAACAGCUUUUACUUGACCUAGGCUUAGAGCUGAUGUAUGAUGAAUGUACCUCAACUUCAGUUUUUUCAUUGCUUUACUACGCUAACAAGUCUCUCAAUCAACACUUACACACUUCAAGACUUCGAGACACCCCUUCCUUUAAAGCACUUAUUUUUUCAACUCAUGCUCAAACAAUAUGCAGAAUAUAAUGCUAAUAUUCUUUAUUGUACUUUACAACCUUAACAUACACUACUUGACCAAAAGUAUGUGGACACCUGCAGGUCAAACAUCUCAUUCCAAAAUCAUGGGCAUUAAUAUGGAGUUGGUCCCCCCUUUGCUGCUAUAACAGCCUCCACUCUUCUGGGAAGGCUUUCCACUAGAUGUUGGAACAUUGCUGCGGGGAGUUGCUCCCAUCCAACCACAAGAGCAUUAGUGAGGUCGGGCACUGAUGUUGGGUGAUUAGGGCUGGCUUGCAGUCAGCGUUACAAUUCAUCCCAAAGGUGUUCGAUGGGGUUGAGGUCAGGGAACUGUACAGGCCAGUCAAGUUCUUCCACACCAAUCUCAACUAACCAUAUCUGUAUGGGUCUCGCUUUGUGCACGGGGGCAUUGUCAUGCUGAAAUAGGAAAGGGCCUUCCCCAAUUGGGCCUUCCCCAAGGAAAGGGCCUUCCCCAAGGAAAGGGCCUUCCCCAAUUGUCAAGAAUGUCAUUGUAUGCUGUAUCAUUAUAAUUUCCUUUCAAAAACAGCCCCAGACCAUUACUCCUCCUCCACCAAACUUUACAGUUGGCACUAUGUAUUGAGGCAGGUAGCGUUCUCCUGGCAUCCUCCAAACAUCCAUCGGACUGCCAGAUGGUGAUGCGUAAUUCAUCACUCUAGAGAACCCGUUUCCACUGCUCCAGAGUCCAUUGGUGGCGAGCCUUACACCACUCCAACUGACGCUUGGCAUUGCGCAUGGGGAUCUUAGGCUUGUGUGCUGCUACUCGGCCAUGGAAACCCAUUUCGUGAAGCUCCCGACAAACACUUCCUGUGCUGACGUUGCUUCCAGAGGCAGUUUGGAACUUGUUAGUGAGUGUUGCAACUGAGGACAGACGCUCUUCAGCACUCAGUGGUCCCGUUCUGUGGCUGUCUGCUGGAUUUUUUACACUUGUCAGCAACGGGUGUGGCUGAAAUUGCUGAAUCUACUAAUUUGAAUGGGUGUCCACAUACUUUCGUAUACAUAGUGUAGCUUUUCAAGCUCUAUUCUGGUAUAAGCAACCCAUUUGAGUGCCUUUUUUAUACAUGAACUUGAACCUAAAACCACUGUCCCAGCAAGAGCAUGCACCAUACGCAACAGAUGUUGCUUAUAGCAGCUUAGCCCACUCAAACCUCCUACUCAAUAUGCUGUCUGUCUUAAAAAUGUUUUAAUCGUAUGGUCAUGUUUUACUGGCACUGCUGCUGUGUUGGUGUGCUCUUUCGUGGUAGCCAGAGGAAGCUCUAAAGAAAGACGUCGGGCUCUAAAGGUGGACACCAGUUUAAUGGAGAUUCAAAUAAGACAGGGAUGUCCUGGGUCUAUUAUAACCCUGCCCCCCCCAAAAAAAUAAGGUGCCCCAAAGUACCUGUAUAUGUCAAUGGUUGGAAACACCUAUGUACUGUUUGCGCUGUCAUAGCAACCGUUGCAGCACAGUUUAGAUGCAGAUUAGAAUGACUAUUGUCAAAGAAUGCAAGCCCCUCCCCCAAUUGUAUACAGGGUGGAUCACCAUUGAGACCAGGAUCUCAUUUGCAAGGGAGCCCGGUGAACAGGACACAUACAAUAAAUGAUAUCAAUA